UAAUUUGGAGUAAAAGGCGGGUAUAUUUGUAAAAGGCGGUUGUCUAAGACUCCCGUUACUUCGUACUUCAACCCCUUUUAAUUAAUACUCCGGCGCGGCCCGGCGCCGCCGGGAUAAGUCCGUCCAAUUAUGGCGGUAGCAGCUAACCCACCGAUCACCGGCGUUAAGCUUGACCACCCCCGCCCGCACUUUUCCAAGCUCAAAGAACUCGACUUCUCUCUGUCCCGAAAACCCCACAAGUUUUUUCUAAUCAAAUCCCAACUAAAUAAUAAUUCCACCUUCGGCAGCUCUCCUUCCUCCACCGACCCAAUCGCCCACCUCUCCCACCUCUGCCUCCAAAGCCAGCUAGACCAAGCCCUCAGCUUCUUAAUCUCCCGGAAAGAUAUUCAUCAGGAUAUCGAAGAACAUAUCUUUGUCUCUUUGAUCAAGCUUUGCGAAUUCCAAAGAGCUUCGAAACAUGGCUCUCUUGUUUGUUCUCUUGUUCUGAAGUUGAUGUCCCAGUUAAGCCUGAGGCUCGGGAAUUCUUUGCUGAGCAUGCUUGUCAAGUUGCGGAAUUUAGGAGAUGCCUGGUACGUGUUUGGGAAAAUGCAUGAGAGGGACGUGUUCUCUUGGAAUGUUUUGAUUGGCGGGUACUCGAAAAAUGGAUACUUUGAGGAGGCUCUGGAUCUCUAUAAUCGGAUGUUGUGGGUGGGAGGAGGCAGACCUGAUGUCUAUACUCUGACCUGUGUGUUGAGCAUUUGCGGUAGGAUGCCAGAUUUGAACAUGGGUAGGCACAUACAUGCUCAUGUGGCAAGGUUCGGAAUUUUCUCUAAUAUUGAUGUUGUCAAUGCAAUGAUUAGCAUGUAUAUGAAAUGUGGCGAGAUAGCUCCUGCCAGGAAGCUGUUUGAUGAAAUGCCGCUCAGAGAUACGAUAUCAUGGAAUGCUACCAUAUCUGGGUAUUUUGAGAACAUGGAGUACUCCGAAGGUUUGACGUUGUUCUUCUUAAUGAGAGAGUCUGGUUUUUGUCCAGAUCUCGUAACCCUGACAAGUGUAAUAUCUGCUUGUAAGGUUGUUUGUGACGUAAGAUUAGGGAUGUCCUUACACGGCUAUGUGGCUAAAACUGUAUAUAAGGAAGAACUUUCACUGUACAACUCCCUGAUACAACUCUACUCGUCCAUUGGAAAUUUAGGAGAAUCACUAAAAAUCUUUGGUAGAGUUAAGAAGCAUAAAGAUGUGGUGACAUGGACAACAAUGAUUUCAGCUUAUCAGAAGAACGGAUUGCCCGAAAUGGCUAUAGAAACAUAUGAAAAAAUGCAAGUGGAUGGUGUCGUUCCUGAUGAGGUAACAAUGGUUCCUGUGAUAACCGCAUGUGCUUCACUUGGGCUUCUUGAAAUGGGCAUCAAGCUUAAUGAGAUUGCCGAGGGGAUGGGGUUUGUAAAAUAUGUCACGGUUUCGAACACACUCAUUUAUUUAUAUUCAAAGUGUGGCGAUAUUGAUAAAGCGCUACAAGUGUUUCAUCAGAUUCCUACAAAGGAUGUGAUAUCAUGGACAUCUAUCAUAUGGGGUCUCCAUAUUAACAAUCGAGAUUUGGAAGCUUUGGUUUUCUUUCGCCAAAUGAAGGAUCCAAACCCAGUCACUCUUAUAUCUUCCCUUUCUGCCUGUUCUGGAAUGGGAGCUUUAAUGUCUGGUAAAGAGAUACAUGGAUAUGUCGUGAGAAAUGGGGUGGACUUUGAUGGUUUCCUGCCAAACGCGCUUCUUAACUUAUAUAUUAGAUGUGGGAAGACGGGACCCGCGAUGAAUCUUUUUAAUAAUAAUUUGCAGAGGGCGCACGACAUUUCAGCAUGGAACAUUAUGCUCACAGGCUAUGCUCGGUUCGGGAAAGGUAGACCGGCUGUAGAGCUUUUUAGCAGAAUGGUGGAUUCCAACAUAAAGCCUGAUGAAAUUACUUUCCUAUCCCUGUUAUGCGCAUGUAGUAGGACAGGGAUGGUGAGUGAAGGCCUGGAGUAUUUCAAGAACAUGGAAUCUGAAUUUGUUGUCAAACCGAACCUGAAGCAUUACGCCUGUGUGGUUGACCUAUUGGGUCGGGCUGGGAAAUUGGAGGAAGCUUAUGAUUUUAUACAGAGGAUGUCUGUGAUGCCCGACUCAGCUAUUUGGGGAGCUUUGUUGAAUUCGUGCAGGACCCAUAAGAAUCUCAAACUAGGGGAAAUUGCUGCUAAACACAUCCUUGAAGCCGAUGAGUUAAAUUUCGGGUAUUAUACCCUUUUAUCCCGCCUUUAUACCGAUUUCGAAAAGUGCGACGAAGUUAUUAAGCUAAAAAAGUUGAUGAGAGAAAAAGGGAUGGAUUUCCAUCCAGGUUGUUGCUGGAUAGAGGUAAAAGGAAAAGUUCAUGCUUUCCUCAGUGGUGAUAUCUCCCACCCUCAGAUUAAGGAAAUAAACGAGGUUCUGAGAAGCUUUUAUGAUAAAAUGAAAGUGGAAAGAAACCCUGUGGAUGAAGCAAAAGGUGAGCUUUUUUGUGGGCAUAGUGAAAGAUUGGCCAUUGCAUAUGGUCUUAUAAAUACUCUUCCCGGGAUGCCUAUUUCGGUCACUAAGAAUCUCUGCACUUGUCGGGGAUGCCAUGACAUGAUAAAGUUCAUAUCAAUGGCGGUUCGGAGGCAAAUUUGUGUUAGAGAUUGUGAAGGUCUGCAUUGUUUCAAGGAUGGGAGUUGCUCAUGUGGAGAUGAAGGGUAUUGGGGGAAUCAUGAUAAACUCAAUUAAUAUACUCAUUACUUUCUUUGUUGUAAAAUAUGCGAGGCGCUGUAGUAUCUCUGGAGGAUAUGGAAGGGUGGCUACCAUUUAGUUAGGGUAUGUUUUGAACCCCAAAUUCAGCAAAGGAAAUCUAACACUAGUUUGGGAAAUAGACUUAAAUAGGAUUAAAAUAUGAACUCGGAAUGUAAAUAGAAGUUGAAAGUUUUUAGGCCCGAGAUGGCGAGAUAGGAGUAAAGCGUUAUGAAAUUCCAGAAUAGACCCAUCAUGUUUAUAAUCCCUUAAUAAGAGUAAUUAUUAUCAAACUUGAAA